UCGAAGCUCCAGCGGCAGCUGUCAGUCAUUGCACCCUGUAAGAAACGUAUUAGACCACGUUGUUCAGAGUAUCGCGACAUCCUUCCUUCCGCCGUCGCGCACCCCUGUCAAAAAUCGCGUCCUGCAGCCCUCUCAUCGCUCAAGACCUCGGACAUCUCUCGCAUCUCGUCCCACAGCGGAGCUACUCCGCACUCUGGCGUCUGUAGCUUCAGCCCAGCUUGGCCAAAUUGUAGAUCGAUAUUUCCGUCGCGUGUAUAUAAGCUGCUGCUAGAACUUUGAACAACCAGAUCCUCGUGCAGAUACAAUGGAAGGUGCUAAAGAUCGUCUCAAGCAACUCGCGUCGCAUUUCACGUCCGCCAACCCUGUCCCUGGGCCACCGCCCAUCCAUCCCGGCGACAGCCACGAAUACCAUCAUCGACACAACUUCCACACCCUCAGCCCGACAUGGUUCCUCUGGCGCGCGGCGCAAAUCGAGCCAGACGCCCUGGCAAUAUACCACAAGACGGUGAACGGCAAGGUCCUACGGCGCUCUUACGCUGAAGCUGCGGACCGCGCACGAGGGUUGGCAUACUACCUGAGGAAACACGGGUAUAAGAGAGUAGGUAUAUUGGCGACGAACACACCAGCAUUCCUGGAGAGCACAUUCGGUAUCGCGGCGGCAGGAGGUGUGAACGUCGCUAUCAAUUACCGAUUGAAACACGAUGACAUCAGUUACAUCUUCCAGCACUCGGACGUGGACAUGAUCAUUGCGGAUGCCGAGUUUGUGGGCUUAUUGGACGAAUACAAGAAGGAAAGACCAAAUGUACCAAUACUGAUCGACACAGACACGGAUGCAACAGAAGGCGAACUCUCUGGUCCUUUCGACGAUGCAGUACUCGAGGGAUUGAAGUACGAUAUUGAGCAAGGAGGCAAGGGCUGGGCAGAUCUGGAGUCGCAGGCGAAGGACGAAGAAGACGUCAUGGCACUCGCAUACACCAGCGGAACAACAGCACGGCCGAAGGGGGUCGAAUACACACAUCGCGGCGUCUACCUGGCUGCCAUGGGCAAUGUCAUCGAGUCUGGACUGAACUAUCACACCGGCCGCGCAAAGUAUCUCUGGACUCUGCCAAUGUUCCACGCGACGGGUUGGACAUUCCCCUGGUCAGUCACCGCCGUCCGAGGAACGCACUAUUGUCUACGCAAGAUCGAUUACCCAGAGAUCUGGCGCCUGCUCAAGGAGGAAGGCAUCACGCAUUUCAACGCCGCACCAACCGUCAACACCCUCCUCUGCGCAGCGAAGGAAGCAGAGCGCCUGCCCCAACCAGUCAGAGUCACCGUAGCAGCAAGUCCACCGAGCGCCUGGCUCUUCGAACAAAUGUCAAACUUGAACCUACACCCCGUCCACGUCUACGGUCUUACGGAAACUUACGGUCCGAUCACGAAAGGCUACCAUAUGCCCGAAUGGGAAACGCUCCCUGAGAAAACGAAAUACGAUCGUAUGGCACGACAAGGCCACGGCUUUAUCAUGGGCAAAGCGACGCGAGUCAUCAAGACUGAGCAGCCAGAAGGUGUCCUCACCGACGUGGAAAGGAAUGGCAAGGAGAUUGGAGAAGUCAUCUUCGAAGGCAAUAUCUGCGCAAAGGGCUACUACAAAGAUGCCGAAGCGACGCGCAAGCUGUGGGAGGGUGGCUGGUUGCAUACAGGCGAUCUAGCCGUCUGGCAUCCGGAUGGAGCGAUACAGAUCCUGGAUCGUGCGAAAGACAUCAUUAUCAGUGGCGGCGAGAACAUCUCCAGUGUAGCCCUCGAAGCCAUGCUUUCCACGCACCCCUCCAUACUUGAAGUCGGCGUCUGCGCCGUUCCGGAUUCACACUGGGGCGAGCGGCCCAAGGCUUUCGUUACCACAAAGGACGGGACGAAUAGCGAGACAUUGGGUGGAGAGGUGAUUCAGUGGGCCAAGGAGAACAGCAAUAUCAGCCGCUUCAUGGUGCCCCGGGAGGUUGUGGUUGUCAAAGAGUUGCCCAAGACGAGCACGGGGAAGAUACAGAAGAAUGUCCUUAGGGAGUGGGCGAGGAAGGGCAGUGUAGAGUAAAUGUGCUUAUGGAAAACAUAUCAUGCCUAAUUGUAAGAUGUUCCGGUCGCACACACAGGCAUACGGUCAUGUUUGUGCAGCGCCGGGCACAUGCUGAAGCAGUGUGAAUAGAAGAGCAAGCGUAGUUCAUUCUAGGCUGAAAAGAAGCUGAUGGUCUUGCAAUGCUAAGCCAUAUAUCAUGCCUUCAGAAAGACAAUCUUACAACAAAAGAGGACGCGCCAAUGACGAUUGGACCCCUGGGGCAGCAACGGCGCCUGACACUGCAACACAGCCUACAA